ACCAUAAACAUCGAUUAAAAAAACAUUUAACAAUCGAUUACCUGUUGAAAAGGGCCUGAAUGGUGCAUUUACAUAUAACUUGUUAAAAAGAAAACCUGUCCUUAUGUUGAAAGUUGCACGUGAAAAAUGGAUAAUCGGCCGAAGGGAGAUUUUACGAUUGAUUUUAGUAACGAUUUUACUCAGUACUUUUUUUCCCUUAAUGUGGUACACAAAACAACAAUCAUUUAUUCUUUUGAAGAAAACAUCAUGGAUGAUAGAUGAUAUCAAAGGUGGUUUGAAAAAUUUUACCCUACAGUUUGAAACGUUGACAACUCGUUCACGUGUACACAAUAGUCCUGUUAAAGUUAAACCAACAGAGAAGCCAUAUAAAUGUGAUGGAUGCUUUUCAAAACAGUUCCAAUUUCUGAUAAACAAUGAAGAUAUUUGUAAAACAAAAAACGAGUCUAUCGAUAUACUGAUUAUGAUAACAUCUUCUCCUCAAAAUAAGUUGAGUCGAAACGCCAUAAGAGAGACUUGGUUGACGCAUACAAAAAUGAACAAAGGACAUAUCAGAUACGUAUUUCUUCUUGGCGAAUCACCAAUGACUAAAGAGUUAGAGAAUGAAAACGUCCAAACAAAAGAUAUUAUUUUGGGAAACUUUAAGGACGCGUACAAUAAUCUCACUUACAAAACAUUGAUGGGUUAUCAAUGGGCAACCAAAUACUGUAAAAACGCACAGUUCGUUAUGAAAACAGAUGACGAUAUGUACGUUCAUAUUCCUGGACUAACUCGAGUCAUAAAUGAAAACUCCAAAGUUUUACAGUCUGCCGUUGGAGGAAACUGUAAGCAAAGUGCAAGGCCUAUUAGAAAUUCACGAUCUAAAUGGUAUGCUUCUCUUAAAAGUUAUCCACAAAAAACCUAUCCAGGUUUUUGUUCGGGUACUGGAUACAUCACCAGUUUGAACGUUGUCACAAAGGUUAUUGAAAUAUCAAAAGAUGUUCCGUUUUUUCAUCUGGAAGAUGUGUAUGUUUCCUUAUGUAUUAAACAACUUGGAUUAAAAUUGCAUUAUAUUGAUGGUUUUAUGAGAACGUUCGGACUUUGUCAUAAUGAAUAUAAUACGUUAGUAACUGUUCAUCACGUAUCAGUCAACACCAUGCGACGGAUGUGGGAAACACUUUGUGCACCAAAGAAAAAUUAAUAAAAACAAUGUAUUGUGAUGAUCUCAUGUGCCAGGGCAGGAUCAUAAAUGUAUAUUAGAUAUUCAGCAAGAAAAAAAACCGUCUGAAGUCAAAUUCAUUAGACUUGCUGUCUAUCUCAAAAAUCCAAUAUAUAAUUAUUAUUUGUUAUAUUGUUAAUGUGAGUACUAAAACAAAAACUUCUUUCACUGCUCUUUUAUAGCAUUGUCCUGUAAGCUUUCUUAUGGAAAUAUAAUCUUUCAAAAGAAAACGUCAUGUUGCAUUGUCAAAUUGUGUUUAAUUUGGAAUGGUAUUUUGUGCAAGAAUCACAAUUGUACAGAUAUUGACAUUCUGUCCUGUGUUUAGGAAUCGGGAAACAUAUUGACAUUGUGUCCUAGGUUUAGGAAUCGGGAAACAUAUUGGUAUUGUGUUAUGUUUAGGAAUCAGGAAACAUGGUUAUUUUUCAGUUCAAUAUUUUCUAUGCAGGAUAAUAUUUUUAAUGCAUUUGCAGUUUAGACAAUAUAUAAUUAUUAUUUGU